ACUUUCGACAUGCCGGGUCUGUUCAAACAGGGGGACAUAAUGGUCGAGGGCAUCUUCCCAGUUUUCAACAAGGAGCUCACGUCCACGUCCACCUUCAGAAGUGAGCCCCCCGGAGUCAAGUGUGUGGGGUUCGACCUCAGAGCCUUUCGCUGGACCCAAGUGAUGAUAUUUGCAAUCCAGGAAAUCAACAACGAUCCAGGGAUUCUCCCGAACAUAACGCUCGGCUACAGGAUCCUCAACUCUUGUGCAUCUCCAACAAACACUCUCCGGGCCGCGUUGACGCUGGCUGGUGGGGUCCGGAGCACAAAUCAGACCACAUGCGCUCCGGCCAUAUCUGCUCUCAUCGCAGAGUCCGGAUCCACACAGUCCUUAGCAGUGGCUGGAACCUUAGGUCCAUUUAAAGUGCCAAUUGUGAGCUACUUCUCCACAUGCGCCUGCCUGAGCGACAGAACAAAGUAUCCGACAUUUUUCAGAACAAUACCCAGCGACUACUUCCAAGCGAAAGCCCUGGCAGCCCUGGUGAAGCGUUUCGGAUGGCAGUGGAUCGGAGCUCUACAGUCUGACAACGACUACGGCCGUAACGGCAUCCAGGCUUUUACAGAAGAAAUGAAAAAUCUGGGCGUCUGCGUGGCGUUUGUCGGAACCAUCCUGCGCACGUACAAGAUGGAGAAAAUCCAGACUGUCGUCAACCUGAUCAAGCGGUCGAACGUGAAGGUCAUUCUUGCUUUUGUGCCCGAGGGUGAUUUCUACCCGUUGAUGAAGGAGGUGGUGAAGCAGAACAUCACCGGGAUUCAGUGGAUUGCCAGUGAGGCCUGGAUAACAGCCUCCCGACCCUCCACUCCACACAUCUACAAGGCCUUUGGGGGAUCGCUGGGAUUUGUAGUCCAGAAAAUGGCCAUUCCAAACCUCCAACCUUUUCUCGCCAACGUUAACCCAUACACAGAUCCCAGCGCUGCUUUUGUGGGAGACUUCUGGGAGAUGAUGGCGGGGUGUCGGCCAGGUCCGUCUCCCAGAGUGUCAGUGACUGAAACAUGCAGCGGCAACCAGACGCUGGUGGAUCAGCAGCAUGUGUUUUUCAACGUCACUCAGCUCAGAGUUUCGUACAAUGUGUACAAAGCAGUCUAUGCCAUCGCACACGCCCUUCACCGCCUCGUGUUCUGCAAAGCUGCCGGGGAGAAAAACCUGCAACCGUGUCGGAGCGUACCAGGCGUGACAUCAGCGGAGGUGACGAGGGAAGUUCAGGGGGUGAAUUUCAGGAAUCGCUUCGGCGAUAGAGUGUUCUUCGAUGAAAACGGCGACCCGCCUGCUUCCUAUGACCUGAUCAACUGGCAGCUCAGAGAUGGAAAAGUGCAGCAUGUGACGCUGGGCCACUUUGCCUCAGCUGCAGACGGAGAGUACGAGCUCAGUGUCCAGGAGGAAGCAGUCGUGUGGAGGACGGGCAAAACAGUCCCAGAAUCGGUGUGUUCUAACGUCUGUCCAGUCGGAACCAGGAAAGCGCAGAUCAAGGGGAAGCCAAUAUGUUGCUUCGACUGCAUCCCAUGUGCUGAGGGAACCAUCUCUAACACAACAGGUGCUGCGGACUGCUCACAAUGUCCCAGGGAAUUCUGGUCCAACGAAAGAAAAGAUGCGUGCAUUCCCAAAACGAUAGAGUUCCUGAGUUAUCACGAGCCCAUGGGAAUAGCCAUCUCCGUCCUCUCUCUGCUGGGAGCUUCCCUGUCUCUGGCCGUCAUGACCAUCUUCAUCCACUACAGAGGAACGCCGGUGGUGAAAGCCAGUAACUCGGAGCUCAGCUGCUGCCUUCUCUCCUCCCUCUUCCUGUGUUUCCUCUGCCCGCUGACGUUCAUCGGCCGGCCCACGGUGUGGACCUGCAUGCUGCGCCACACUGCAUUCGGAGUCACAUUUGCCCUCUGUAUAUCCUGUGUUUUAGCCAAAACCAUCGUGGUCGUGACUGCAUUUAAAGCGACAGUCCCUGGAAACAAGAUGUCGGGAAAGUUCGGACCCAAACAGCAACGACUGAUACUUGUCUUCUGCACUCUAAUUCAGACAAUAAUCUGUUUGUUGUGGCUGAAAUUAAACCCACCAUCUCCUGACAUGGACUUCAAAUACAGCGAGAUCGUUUUGAAGUGCAACACCGGCUCCGAUGCCGCGUUUGUCGCGGUGUUUUGUUACAUCGGCGUUCUUUCAAUAAUCUGUUUAGCUUUGGCUUUUCUCGCCAGGAAGCUGCCAGACAACUUCAACGAGGCCAAAUACAUCACCUUCAGCAUGCUGAUCUUCUGCGCCGUGUGGAUCACCUUCAUCCCUGCCUACGUCAGCUCCCCUGGAAAGUUCGCUGUGGCCGUGGAGAUAUUUGCCAUCCUGUCUUCUGCUGCUGGUUUAUUGUUUAGUAUUUUUUCUCCCAAAUGUUACAUAAUAGUGAUGAGACCGGACAAAAAUACCAAGAGGUGUGUGAUGGGGAAGGUACAAUGA